AUGUGGCGGUCGUUGAAGGCAAUAACCCUUGCGGCCGUGCUCGCGCAAUACAGCGUCCACGGGCAAUCGUCGAGUCGAAGCAAGGCAACUAGUAAAACCACAAGCUCGCCAUCUGUGGUCAUUACAGGAGGUCCAUUCCAAGGGUUCAUCAUUGCUGACACUGCCACUACGCCUGUCUCUUGUCCUAGCGGCGAGGUGUUCGUCACGUCCGCUAAGUAUGCGGCCUGCUGUGCUACUACAGCACUACCAUGUGCAAUUGCUACGAAUUGUAAGGAAAAUGCCAUUAUCUAUAAGAACGGCAAAGCGUCCGACUGCGGCCCACUACAAUGUCAUCUGCGACAGAUCUUCUUGGCGUAUGGGGAUAAGGAACCAGCUUUUACACAACCGCUCUGUGCUGGUGUCGAGAUAGACACGCUGUAUCAAACGGUGCCAAUGACAUCAAGGUUGACAUUGCCACUGGUUGCUGUCGAUGCCACCACGGCCGUAGUAACCGACGGCUCCCCAAUAGAAACAGGACCGGCUACACCUACUAUUGUGAAUAGUGAGCCCUCUUCGUCGAACUUUGAUGCCGUUAUACUCGGCGCCGUGUUUGGAGGUUUAGGUAUCCUCGCAUUGAUAGUCUUCGCGUUUUGGUAUGGGCGAAAAGAAGGGAUUGCAAAGAUGGGUUCCGAGGGUAAAGGCGCGUAUGAGAUGAAAGUGCUAUCGGAAACGGAAAGGACGGCGAAUGUCUCGUUUGCCAGUUUGGAAGCAGAUCCAAAAUUGACUCCUUUGAACAUAUCAGGGCGAUCGGCAAUAUCGGGCACACGUAAUAGAUGACACCGGUGAGACUUCAGACAGGCAAUUUAUGGUGAGGAUGUAAAUUAGAUAACUUGCGUAUAUUGUUUAAUAAAGGCUAAAAAUAUAGUAAUGAUAAGUUCCGAAUGACGUAGCGUCGUACAUGCAUCUAAGCCAUGAUGCAGCUAUUCUACCUUUUGAUGAAUGACGAAAGUAACAUGUCCUACUAGGACAAGAGGAAAAGGAUGGACAGGGAGAUGAUGCCUUCGUCACUUGAUGUAGUAUCUUAACUAAAU